CCUGCCGUGCGGUUGUGGUGGGGCGGUCCUAGCUCAGAAAUCCCCAAUUUUAGUUGAAAACUCCUCCUCCUUCUCUUGCCUCUCUCCGCCCCAACUCCUCCCCCUACCUCUAGCUGUGUACUGAAGCAGCUGCCUCCCCUAGUCUGAGAGGAAGGGCCUCCGAGAACGGUGGCCCCAGGGGCGGCACGAUGAAUGUGGGCACGGCGCACAGUGAGGUCAACCCCAACACGAGGGUGAUGAACAGUCGGGGCAUCUGGCUCUCAUAUGUGCUGGCCAUCGGUCUCCUCCACGUUGUGCUGCUCAGUAUUCCUUUUGUCAGCGUCCCAGUCGUCUGGACCCUCACCAACCUCAUCCACAACAUGGGUAUGUACAUCUUUCUACAUACAGUAAAAGGAACACCCUUUGAGACGCCUGACCAGGGUAAAGCGAGGCUGCUUACUCACUGGGAACAGAUGGACUAUGGUGUCCAGUUCACAGCCUCCCGCAAGUUCCUGACCAUCACACCUAUCAUACUGUAUUUCCUAACCAGCUUCUAUACCAAGUAUGACCAGCUCCACUUCAUCCUCAACACAGUGUCUCUGAUGAGUGUACUGAUCCCCAAGCUGCCUCAGCUCCACGGUGUCCGGAUUUUUGGGAUUAAUAAGUACUGAGGGCCCAGGCCCUUCCUUACCCUGCCCUAGGGGAAUCUGCGGAGAUGAAGAUGAAGGGGACCUCCAUGCAGGUGCCCAGAGACUGGUGUUGAGCCUGUGGGCCUAGUUAAAGCUCUCUCUUCCCCCUAUUUCCCCUUACCCCCUCCCCCCCCAGUAGUCAAAAUGGAGUAGCCUUUAGUGGGGUUAGAGAGGGGGGUUCUCCCCUGUUCCCCCCUCCCCUCUCAGUGGCUUUGUCCCCUUUUUGAUUUUUCCCAUUUGGAUAGAGAAUAAAUGUGGGAGGGGUUGUGUGGUACUUCAGUGAGCCCAGCUACUUGGGCUGAGGAGGGACAGAGGAUGUUGGGAAACCCCAUUCAUUCACUGUAACUCUGGCCAAUGCACUUUAACCCCCCCUUGGCAGGGGGCAGAGGGAAUGGUACAGCCUCUAGAUUAUAUUUCACUUUAAUUCUCUUGGUUGACACUCAGUGGGUGAGUGUGUAUGUGUGUGUGUGUGUGUGUGUGUGUGUGUGUGUGUGUGUGUGUGUGUGUGUGAGAGUGUGAGAGAGAGAGAGAGAGAGAGAAACAUGGAUGAGUCUAUGCAUGCGAUUCUACCUUUCAUGGCAGAACAAUGUCUGUCUAUCCACCAAGUCCAUUAGGUACACAGAAAAUUAAGGAAAAGGCACUUGGGAGUGGGAAAGGUACUGUGUGAAUGAGGAAGGAAUCAGGGGUAGGUUGGUCCCCAAAGUGGGAGCCUAAGGCUCUGGGUAGGACUAGGGGCAGUGUAUGUGUGGAGGGGGUCAAGGAGGUCAGGAGGGCAAGUAGUGAAGAGUUACAAGUGGAGGCUCCUUUUCUCGGUUCUCGAGCCAGUUUUGAGAGGGAAAGGCCCAGAGAACUCAUCUGCUGAAGAUGGGGUAGGGAGGUGAAGGGACAAGGUUGAGCCUGUCACCUUUGUUAGUAGCUCAUCAUUGGGGCCAUAGUGUUGAGGCAGAGGGAGACGUGAGACUUCAAAGGACUGGUGCUGUCACCUACUGAUGAGGGCCAUGGAGUGUGCUGAGCACAUAGAGGCCGCCCUGAGCUGAUUUCCUCUGAAAUAUAGCUACUGCCUUUGGAAAUUAAGUAGGGUGUUGAGAGGCAGACGUGUAGCCUCUGGUUGGGUACUAGAAGAAUGCACUCCCCUCGGUCAGCCUACCUUUCCUCACCUCCCUUCUAGCACCGCUUGGCCUCAGACCAGGUCCCUCUGCGCAUACGCUGUAGGUUGCAAGGAUGGCUGGGCGCAUUGUUGGUUGAUGAGCCCCUUAUUUUUCCUGCUCUUGAGAGCAUCUGUCAUUGGAGCUGGCACUCUUCAGGUGGACACGGCCUACUGCCCCAGAGCUUCUCUUCAUGGUAGCGAGGCCACUGAGAGGAGGAAAGAGUUGGGGCUCAGGAGGAAAUUAAGAAGUUUUACUUUGGAGAGAAAGGGGAAGAAAGAGAGCAUGAGUGCAUGUGUGCGCAUGUGCACAACAAGAUAACCAUGUGUUGUGAGACACCUUCUGGUUCCUCCCCAAAGUGUGAGGGAAGAGGGGUGCUCACUAUGCCUUGUUCUCUCCCUCCUGUUCCCCCUUCCUCACAGCCCCCACCCCAUGUAUUAUAGGGAACUUUCAACUUAAAACCUUUCUAAGAGUGUGAAUAGGAUUUUUACUCCCUCUUUGUACAGUAUUCUGAAAGAAGCAAAUAAAAGGCAGUGUGUUCCUGUCCUCCA